CCCUGCUCCUCGCUGUUUUCGUACGCGCUUCAGUUCCGAUUCGACCGCCAACUAAGUUACGUUUUGCGAUGUCACGGUGAGGAACUUUCCGCACAGUUAGCUCCCAGGAACAAGGAGAGCCUCCGCAGCCGCACGCCGCUGGGACGUACGACCUGAGAUGAGCUCGAGUCGCGUUGUACUCGAAGGGAACUCCUGGUGACUCCUGAGCCGCCGCCGCUAUCACCGUGGGGAGAGGACGUACCGCGGAGGAGCCUCAUGUUUUCGUCGAGCCAAGAGGAGCACUGCGCCCCGUCCAAAGACCCGGUGAAGUACGGGGAGCUGGUGGUGCUGGGGUACAAUGGCUCUCUGCCCAAUGGAGAUCGGGGUCGACGGAAAAGCAGAUUUGCGCUAUACAGGAGGACCAAAGCCAACGGUGUUAAGCCGAGCACUGUGCACAUCCUCAACACACCCCAGGCCAGUAAGGCUGUGAACUGUAAAGGCCAACACAGUAUCUCCUACACACUGUCCAGGAACCAGACAGUAGUGGUGGAGUACUGCCAUGAUAAAGACACAGACAUGUUUCAGAUUGGGCGUUCCACAGAGAGUCCCAUAGACUUCGUGGUGACUGACACAGUAGCAGGAGGCCAGGAGGGAGAGGAGACUCCCAUCACACAGAGCACCAUCUCCCGCUUCGCCUGCCGAGUCGUCUGUGAGCGCCUCCCUCCCUUCACUGCCCGCAUCUAUGCAGCCGGGUUCGACUCCUCCAAAAACAUCUUCCUUGGGGAGAAAGCUGCUAAAUGGAAAAAUCCUGACGGUCACAUGGACGGCCUAACAACCAAUGGCGUGCUGGUAAUGCACCCCAAGGGUGGAUUCACAGAAGAGUCCAAACCCGGCGUAUGGAGAGAGAUCUCUGUUGGUGGGGACGUUUACACACUGAGGGAGACCCGCUCAGCACAGACCCCCGGCAAACUGGUGGAGAAUGAGAGUAAUAUACUGCAGGACGGCUCCCUGGUGGAUCUAUGUGGAGCUACUUUGCUGUGGCGUACAGCAGAAGGCCUCUUCCACACUCCCACCCAAAAACACCUGGAGGCUCUCAGGCAGGAGAUCAACGCAGGGCGGCCUCAGUGUCCCGUAGGCCUCAACACACUCGCCUUCCCCAGCAUGCAGCGCAGCCGUGCCCUCUCCUCCCUGGAGGACAAGCAGCCUUGGGUGUAUCUGGCGUGUGGCCACGUGCACGGUUACCACAACUGGGGCCACCGUUCAGAGCACGAGGCCAGCACCACGCGGGAAUGUCCCAUGUGCCGGGUGGUGGGGCCGUAUGUACCACUGUGGCUGGGCUGCGAAGCGGCCUUCUACGUGGACACAGGUGCCCCCACACAUGCCUUCGUACCAUGUGGACACGUGUGUUCAGAGAAGUCCGUCAAGUACUGGGCGGAGAUCCCUCUGCCUCACGGCACCCACGCUUUCCACGCCGCCUGCCCCUUCUGUGCCACACAGCUCAACCUUAGUAAGGGCUGUACCAAGCUAAUCUUCCAGGGCCCAGUGGACUGAGCGGAAGGUUCCUGCUCUGGCAGAAGAGAUUAGAUGGGAAUGCCAACAUGCUGUGAAUCUGUUCAGAUUAUUUUGUGCUUUCUUUUGUUCAUGUAAACCAGCUGUGGGUAGGAGUAAGUCUUCUAAACCUCUGGUCAUAUACUGUGGAUUCUGCACAACAGAGAGCCACUACACAUUGUUCAGGGCCUCUUGGGGCUGUUUGGAUGGCCACUGUGGGAUACAGAGAUGUGGAGCACAUUGGACCACAGAUCCCCGGUUCUGCCAGACUGAAAUAAUGUUUUCAGCUGUCCUGCCAACCAACCGCUUUAAAUAUGGCUCCAGCACUGGGCUGUUAAACUACAAUGCCUGCUGGUUUUCCAUCAGAGGGCAGUAGGAUUAAGGUUGUAGAAAGAAUGAAUCGUUUUUACUCAUGAAUCAGACUCAACCAGAUAAUAGCAAGCAGAGGUAGUUGGGGAAGGAAGGAUUUAAAGUCUAGUUCCUGAAGGGUCUGAGACAAAGUUUUUACAAAGCCAGACAGCUGGACUGUUGGCUGGGAGAAACACCAGGAGAAGUUUGGGGCCUAAUUCUAAUGGAUGACUAGUUAAUUGCUCCCCAUAAACCUUUCAGCCUUAACCCCUGAUCCAAACCAUGUAACUCCAGAGGUGGCUUCCAUUUACUCAACAAACUUUGAGAGGGGGUAUUUGUCAUUUAACAGUGAGGAUAUUUUUUCAUAAAUGAGAAGAUAUUUUAUUGAAGGCAAAGAAAGAAAUCAUUUUUCAUACAGACGACAAAAUAAAAUGACAACCCACACGGAUUCUCCACCACAUUUUUAUCUGACAGAAGAGGUAUUUUGCUACACUGAGGCCCUUGUACUGUUUCCUAAUGCAAAUGUUAAUAUAUUUUUCUCCUGCAUAAAUAGUGUGUGCAAGAAUGUUCGGAGUGUGUGCGUGCAUGUGUGAGUGUGUGCGCGUGUUGGCCUGUGUGGGUGCCCACGGGCCUUUUGGUUUGCAUCGCCCUGCAUCAUCUCCACCCAACCCCCCCCCUCCCUUAUCCCCCCUCGCUGCGAUCUCGCCCACCUCCCAAAAGAGAGAACACAGGAAUUAAAUCCAACCACGCAGGGUCUGACAAUGAAUGUACACAUGCACAUUGACUCUCCUCACUGGUGGUGCUUCACAUAUACAACCUGCUUACUCAUUAUCUGUGCUGUUAAAAGUACAGGUAAUGCCUAUUGGAACUGUGCAAGCACAGGACAUAGCCACGCCUGCUUGCAAGCCGACUAGCGUGCUGCGCCCCCUACCCAUCACACACACACACGUACUGUAUUCAGUCUGCACUGUUGUUAGCUUUAUCCCACUCUGGGACUGAUCCAAUGAUUUCUACGCUCGUAAACCUGGGCACGGUCUCAGCAGCACUCAGAGAUUAUACCAAAUAUAAGGAGGAGCUGUUUUUCUCUCCUCACAUGCAAGAUGUAAACCCAAACUGCUGCUGUGCCGAGUGUUGACAGGCUCUGGAUUACAGUCGAGGCUGUUCACUUGAAUGCACCAAGCUCAACGGGGAAUAAUGAUAUUAUCGCACACAAAGCCAAACUUGGUGAGGUUCCGUCGUGUGAGGAUGAGUCGACUUGUCCAGAACAAAGCAGCAGAUGAAUUGAAACUAAACAAUCUGGGACGAAUCUGCACGUUGUGCGGGGUUAGCUUAGCAGACUGUGCCCAUAUGUUAAGUGUAGUCGCCAGCAUUAAUUCUGACACUAGUUCAUCAAAUACAAUAGUGAGCAAUCAAUUUAUGAGUUGUGACAGUCAAGUUUGUAUUUUAGCAUUGGAAUAUUCUCCCAAAGUUGUAAAAUGGUGUAUAAAGAGAUGCUAAGGGACAGAGUCUUCACUAAGACUUCUGAGACUCCCUUAAAAAAAAAAGAUGGCAUCUCCACAGUAGUGGUCGAGUAUUUUCCCUUUGUGGUUCUUUCCUAAGAGAAACAUACUAAGCAUUCUUAAAAAGUAUCUGCAGCAUUACGCCUCACUCAAAUCACAGAGCGUUUCCGAAUCGCUCGACUUCUCCAGGUUUUAUGUAACUGCCGCACCGGAUUGAGAACUAAGCCACAUGCCGUACAGUAGCAUUCCUUUCUAACACUUUCAGCUCCGACACCGUGCCCGCUGCGUAGGACCGCGUUCUGUAACAGCUGCAGAGUAGCUGCCUCAAACAUUCCUCCUUGGUAAACAUGGGUGGGGCCCUCAGUUCACCCAAGGGCUUGUUCUAUGAUUUUUGUCUCCUACAGGAACUCUGUACACAAGCCAUACAAACGCACUGAUGCUCCCAAUGCCUCUUUUGCAAAGAAUAAAAUAUUUUUUAAAACACG